AUGCUGAAAUUAGCGGCUCUCUUGCUGCUCGUCGUUGGCACCGUAGUCCGUGCUCAACACGGUACUGUCGGCCGCCCGUGUGAGGUGUCCACUGACUGUGGUACCGGAAAUUAUUGUGCUGGAAAUAAGCGAUGCGCGUGUCUGACGACGUAUGUGGAGAUUGAUUCGUACUGUUGGAGAAAAAUCAACCCCGGAGAGUCCGGCUGCACACAAAACCGACAAUGUGAAGCCGUGUGGCCAGGAGCAUACUGUAGAUCAGGAGAGUGUCGAUGUGCCAACAAUCAGCCACCAUUCCGUACCCGUGACGGUCUCGUCUGCCUGAAUUACGGAUUCUGUCCGUUGAACGGAAACAAUCCGAAAUUCCGUAUCGAAAAUCAAGUUCAACAGUGCUACGGUGGCGCCGACGCCACGUGUGAAGCCAUUGGAGCCCUGGCGUACGAUUGUAUCUGUGACUCGGAUGACUGUACCGUCAACAAUCCAAUCAGUUUCUGUUGUCCGUCACGUGCAUUUGCAUGCAUUCAACCACCGAAUGAGGGAUACACACCGCCAGGUGGUGGUACCACACUCAACCAUUGGUACCAUGACCCAAUUACUGGAGAGUGUAGAGAGCUCAAGUAUCAAGGAUACGGUGGAAAUGCAAACAACUUCCAGACGAAGGACCAUUGUGAAUCCUACUGUAAACAGACCUGUAACCGCGGUCUUCCACUCUACCGUGACCGUACCACCGGUGUCAAGCAGGAGCCAGUCUACUGUCAAGGAAACGAUAACGGAUGCAACAAUCCAAACUAUCAAUGCACCACUAUGGGAACCCUUCAACAGUGCUGUCCGACUUACUUAUUCAUCUGCUCCCGCAACGGAGGAAUCCCAUCUGAAGUGUACAACACCGCCGGCGGUCUGCCAACCGAGUACUUCGACGUCGGAAUUCCAGACGGGUCGGGCAAUACGUCGCCAAGAUUCUAUUAUGAUUCGAGAGAAGGAAGAUGUAUUCAGUUCUCGUAUCUUGGACAGGGAGGAAACUUCAACAACUUCCUUUCGCAAGAUCAUUGCGAGAAGUUCUGCUCGAGAAUCCUCUGCUCUGCCGGUGAACCACUCAAAGACUCCUCUGGCGAACGCAACAUGGAAUGCUCCCCAACUGGCUCCGGUGCCAACUCAUGCCCAUCCACUCACUCCUGUGAAUCCACUUCCGGCUCCACAACGUUCGGCGGAGUCUGCUGUCCACGUCCGCAGUACGUGUGCAAAUUGCCAAGAGAGCAGGGUAACUGUGGUACCUAUUCGAAUCGUUGGUGGUUUAAUGCAAAGACCGGAAAUUGCGAGGAGUUCAUCUAUUCCGGGUGCCAAGGAAAUGCGAAUAACUUUGAGACCUAUAAAGAGUGCCAGGAUUACUGUAGAGACGCGAGAAGUGAACCACAAUGUAUCCAAGGUACCGCCCUUACUGAUUCCAACGGAAACUUUAUCAUCUGUGGUGGAUCGUCUGCUGCGUCAACCACUUGUCCAGCUAACCAUUAUUGCUACUAUGACGGUACAACCUAUGGCUGCUGCCCCACUCAAGCCUACACCUGCUCCCUCUCCUAUAAAUCCGGAGCAUCUUGCGGACCGGCCGUUACCAGAUGGUACUACGACUCCACUACCCGUACCUGUCAAACCUACUCCUUCAAUGGUUGUGAUGGAAAUUCCAAUAACUUUGCCACACAGCAAGACUGCAAGGAUUACUGUAGAGUCGAGUCGUGUCCAGACGGUGGAGAAGUGUGGAAAGAGCAGAACGGAGCCGCCCGGGCUUGCACAACCAACCGCCAGUGUCCAUCCACCCACUACUGUACUCCCGUCACCACAUGGACCGGUACAGUAUACCAGACGAAGAGUUUGUGCUGCCCGUCGAAGAAUUUCGUGUGCUCCCAACCACGUGACGUCGGAGUCCGAUGCUCCUCCACAAGAAUUUCCAGAUGGUACUUCAACGCCGACUCGAAGACAUGCCAGACUUUUGAAUACAACGGAUGCGAGGGAAAUCGAAACAACUUUGCUUCUCAGAAAUCGUGCCAGAACUACUGUCUGUCUGAAGCGUGUCCACCGGGUACUGUCGUGGCGAAAGACGGCGACGGAUCCCGUCUUGUACAGUGUUCAAAUCCAGGUGGAAAUGGACGAGUUUCUGGAGGAUGUCCUGAUGGAUACACGUGUUAUUCGUCUCCACUAUUGGAUCAGAACGUGUGUUGUGGAGCGUCCACUGAGUUGCAAUCCCUGUGCCCAGCGGCGUCGACUCCAUUCAUCUCGGCCCUCUCGCUCCAACCAAUGCAAUGUACUCCAAAUGUCGACGGUGCCUGUCCAGGAAACUUCUUCUGUUGGUUCUCCACAACAACCACCUCUGUCAACGCCUUCUACUGCUGUAGAUCACCAGACAGUGUUGAUACUGGAUACUGUCCCCCACAACUGGUUCCAGUACCCGGAGAGAACGGAGCCCAAUACAAGUACUGCUCCCCAUCGGCCCCACUCAAUGAUGCUAUCCAAGGAUGCGGUGCCAACAGACACUGUCAAUUCUCGACUAAUCUCGAAAGAUACAUCUGCUGUGGACUCGAAUCAGACGUCCGAUUGCCCAACGUGUGCCCACCACAACCUGCGAAUUUGGUGCCUGUUGAGUUGGCCGGAAAUUAUAGGACGUGCAAUCCAUACGCCCGCGCCGGAACCCCGCAGUCGUGUCCCGACAACUCGGCAUGCCUGUACACUGGAAACGACAACGGAUUCAUCUGUUGCCGAGUGCAAUACGCCCGCGCCGGAACUCCUCAGUCGUGUCCCGACAACUCGGCGUGCCUGUACACUGGAAACGACAACGGAUUCAUCUGUUGCCGAGUGCAGUUGGGAAAUGGAAAAGCUUAA